CACUAGCGUGAACAAUUCCGCACAGAUAAGCAGGGCUGCCACAAAGGCUACCAAGACAGUGAUGAAAUGAAAAUGGACUAAAGUGCAUCUUUAUUGAGAAGUAAGUGGCCAAGAAGAGGCGGGACUUUUAUUUUGAAAAUAGUCGCAACGGGCUACCUCCUGGCUUGAACUCGAACAGCCAUGGCGCACAUGGAGCCUGUCAAUAACAAACCCGCCGUCUCUCAGUUUUUACAGCAGACAGUUCUGAUUAAACAGGGCGCUGAAGCUCGUGUUUAUCGCGGCAGGUUUUUGGGCAAAUCCACGAUCAUUAAGGAGAGAUUCCCGAAACUGUACCGCCAUCCCACCCUCGAUGAGAAACUGACUCGGCGCAGAACCGCGCAGGAGGUUCGGUCCAUCCUGCGCUGCAGAAAAGCGGGUAUCAACGCGCCAGUCGUCUACUUUGUUGACUACACCACCAACUGCAUUUUCCUCGAGGAGAUCACUGACUCUGUCACUGUGAGGGAGCACAUCGCAUCAGCUCAGGCAUCUGGACAGAGUGUAGAAGCGCUCCAUGGCCUAGCUGACAGGAUCGGUCAGAUCCUGGCCAAGAUGCACGACGAAGAUGUAGUCCACGGAGACCUCACCACCUCCAACAUGCUGCUGGUGAAAGGUGAAGAGGGCAGAGAUGGCAAACUGGUUUUAAUUGACUUUGGCUUGAGUUACAUCUCUGCCUUACCUGAGGACAAAGGAGUUGACAUGUAUGUGUUAGAGAAGGCUUUCCUCAGCACACACCCCAAUACAGAAGCCCUGUUUGAAAGACUUCUGAAGAGCUACACUGCUUCCUCCAAAAAGGCCCCAGCUGUCAUUAAGAAACUGGAUGAAGUUAGACUGAGAGGAAGAAAGCGAUCCAUGGUUGGAUAAGAGGAAACCAUGUGAAUGCACACAUUUAUGGUCCGGGAUGUCAGUAAUACUGUUAUCGUUGAAUUAACACUGAUGACAACUUUGACUUUCUCACGUGUUUGUUUUUGUAAAUAAAGGACUGUUUUUGGAUGUU